UAUUAUGCGGUGAAGGGUGGUGCGGUGUGGAAGAUAGUAGCAGAGCAGAAUGAGUAGCGAAAACUCAAAGCGGGUCGGGUUAGUUAUAUCGAGCACCGAAUCCAUUCGGGUUUUCCUCUCCGGAGCGUCGAAAGACGCCACUCUCUCCGACGAGCUCCGGCAAACAUCCUCCGAUCUCCUCCUCCAAUCGGAGUUACCCUACGCACCGCUUCGUGCUCUCUGGACUGCCUCUCAUCCAUCCACCAGACCCGAUUUGACCCGACUCUUCUCGGGCACCCGUUUCAUCUUUUCCAGCCCUAAGCCCAGAGAGAAGAGUGAAGAAUUGAAAGCCAGGCUCAAAAAGUUGGAAGAUUUAGCCGAGAGGAAAGCGUAUCAAGAGCUUGUCAAGGAUAUCACACCGCCUAAGGAUGUCCAGGAGCCAUUCUCUUCUUACAAGGAUCAAUUAGGGUUUGGUUUGCAUGUUCUGGUUACCAUGUUUACUGGCUAUCUUGUCGGAUAUGCAGCAUUUAGAGCGUUGUUUAAUCACAGCCCUGCCAUGAAUGCUGCUGGAGGAAUUCUCGGGUUGGUUGGUGCCAUGUUUGUGGAAACUUUUCUUUUCAUUAUUAGAAGUUCCAAUGCAGAUGCCAACAAAACAAGAAAAUCCAGUCAGAAUCCGAGACCAUCCUUUUCAACAUCCCGGAAUAAGAAAAAUCAGUAGACAUUAUCAGGUUGGUUAUUAUUCAGUUUUACAUUGGGUUGUAAAACAAAAUCAUCUAGUAUAGUCCAUUGAAAAUUAAACACUCUUCUCAGUUAUAAAUAAUUCAAAAGUGGCCGUUACUUGAUAAAUCGUGGCACCCCCUCCUUGGCCUUAUGCAAAGGACAUGAAUAUUAUUGCCUGAGGAUCCAAGAAGUAUGGACACUUCGUGUCAUGUCAAAGCUAUGUUAGAUACAUGUCCAUGUCAGAUACUACAUAGACACUUAAAUUCUUUUGAUUGUAAUUUUACUAUUUUUAUACCUUCUUUUAACCUUUGUACCAAUACUAAUUUGAAUAUUACAAUAGUUAAAUAAUUUUGUUUUUUUUUUGAA